AUGGCCGCGUGCGGCGUGGAAGCGCGUGGGAAGUUCAGCUUGGGUGUGCCCCGAGAGGAACUGAAGCAGCGCAUCCUUCUUCUCUGCCGGAGUUCAGCGGUCGUCCCUCCAGUGGAGAGAGUCUGGGAUGAUCCUGCGGUCUUCCAUGCUGAGGUAAAUGGCGCAGCAGCCUCCUCCGCUAGGCAUGGGAGUCCAUGCCCGGCAUCCCAUCGGGAAGCGACACCUGCCGGGGAUGGCGGACAACCCAAAGCGGCCCAGGCCUUCCUUGAGCCAACACUGCCGCCGAUGCAGCGGCCCGCUCCGACCAGCUUCUGGGAUGACGACGGUGGUGGGCAGCCUACCAGCGCUGUUGGUCAUCAAGAGGUCCGGCAGAGUAACACUUCGUGCGUGUGGGACUGUUGGAACGACGACGAGGCGGCUGCUCCAGCGCCGCAUUUUGGAUGCACCCGGCUUCCCCAUGUACCCUCAGUCCCCCAAGCCUUGAGCCUCAUAAUCGUUUAA